CGGAUCUCCAGCAGUCACAUGACCGAGAGGAUUUGUUUGAGCUGCAGAGUGAGCGCUAACAGCUCAGUUAUAAAGCACUAUGCCGACCACUCAGCAGUCACCCCACGAUGAGCAGGAGAAGCUGCUGGACGAGGCGGUCCAGGCCGUCAAAGUGCAGUCCUUCCAGAUGAAACGCUGCCUGGAUAAGAACAAGCUAAUGGAUGCCCUGAAACACGCCUCUAACAUGCUGGGGGAGCUCAGGACCUCCAUGCUGUCUCCUAAAAGCUACUAUGAACUCUACAUGGCCAUAUCAGAUGAGCUGCACUACCUGGAGGUUUACCUGACUGACGAGUUCGCUAAAGGGCGUAAAGUGGCCGACCUGUAUGAACUCGUACAGUAUGCUGGAAACAUCAUCCCCAGACUGUACCUGUUGAUAACAGUGGGAGUGGUAUAUGUGCGCUCCUUCCCUCAGUCGCGCAAGGACAUUUUGAAGGAUCUGGUCGAGAUGUGUCGUGGUGUUCAGCAUCCUCUGAGAGGGCUGUUUCUGAGGAACUACCUGCUGCAGUGCACGCGCAACAUCCUGCCCGAUGACGGAGAGCAGGCUGAAGAGGAAAUGACCGGUGACAUCAACGACUCGAUCGACUUCGUCCUGCUGAACUUCGCUGAGAUGAACAAGCUGUGGGUGCGAAUGCAGCACCAGGGCCACAGUCGAGACCGUGAGAAGCGGGAGAAGGAGAGACAGGAGCUGCGCAUCCUCGUCGGCACCAACCUCGUCCGACUCAGCCAGCUCGAGGGCGUCAACGUCGAGAAAUACAAACAGAUUGUUCUGUCUGGAGUCUUGGAGCAAGUGGUAAACUGCAGAGAUUCUCUGGCGCAGGAGUACCUCAUGGAGUGUAUUAUACAGGUUUUCCCAGACGAGUUCCACCUCCAGACCCUGAACCCGUUCCUCAGAGCGUGUGCCGAACUUCACCAGCACGUCAACGUCAAGAACAUCAUAAUAGCUCUUAUUGACAGGUUGGCUCUUUUCGCUCACCGAGAAGACGGACCUGGAAUCCCCGCUGAAAUCAAACUCUUCGAUAUUUUCUCCCAGCAAGUGGCCACAGUCAUCCAGUCUCGUCAGGACAUGCCAUCGGAGGACGUCGUGUCGCUGCAGGUGUCCCUCAUUAACCUGGCUAUGAAGUGCUACCCUGAGCGCGUGGACUACGUCGAUAAGGUUCUGGAGAGCACCGUGGAGAUCUUCAACAAACUCAACCUGGAACACAUCGCGACCAGCAGCGCCGUCUCAAAGGAGCUCACCAGGCUGCUGAAGAUCCCCGUGGACACCUACAACAACAUCCUGACGGUCCUGCAGCUCAAGCACUUCCCGCCGCUCUUCGAGUACUUCGACUAUGAGUCGCGCAAGAGCAUGAGCUGCUACGUGCUGAGCAACACGCUGGACUACAACACCACCAUCGUGGCCCAGGAGCAGGUGGAUGCCAUCCUGAACCUGGUGUCCACACUGAUCCAGGAUCAGCCAGAUCAGCCUGCGGAGGACCCCGACCCCGAGGACUUUGCAGAGGAGCAGAGUUUAGUGGGUCGCUUCAUCCACCUGCUGCAUUCUGACGAUCCGGACCAGCAGUACCUGAUAUUAAACACAGCCAGGAAGCACUUCGGAGCCGGGGGUAAUCAGAGGAUUCGCUACACGCUGCCCCCGCUGGUGUUCGCCGCCUAUCAGCUGGCCUUCCGCUACAAAGACAACGCCUCCUCGGACGAUAAGUGGGAGAAAAAGUGCCAGAAGAUCUUCUCGUUUGCCCAUCAGACCAUCAGCGCCCUGAUCAAGGCCGAGCUCGCCGAGCUGCCGCUGCGUCUCUUCCUGCAGGGGGCGCUCGCCGCCGGAGAGAUCGGCUUCGAGAACCACGAGACGGUCGCCUACGAGUUCAUGUCCCAGGCGUUCUCUCUGUAUGAGGAUGAGAUCAGCGACUCUAAGGCCCAGCUUGCAGCCAUCACGCUGAUCAUCGGCACGUUCGAGCGCAUGCGCUGUUUUAGCGAGGAGAACCACGAGCCUCUGAGAACCCAGUGUGCUCUCGCUGCCUCCAAACUGCUGAAGAAACCCGACCAGUGCCGCGCUGUCAGCAUCUGCGCUCACCUCUUCUGGUCCGGACGCAACACCGACAAGAACGGAGAUGAGAUUCGUGAUGGGAAGCGUGUGAUGGAAUGCUUGAAGAAGGCCCUGAAGAUCGCCAACCAGUGUAUGGACCCGUCUCUGCAAGUGCAGCUCUUUAUCGAGAUCCUCAACCGUUAUGUGUGUUUCUAUGAGCGGGAAAACGACGCGGUGACUGUUCAGGUCCUGAACCAGCUGAUCCAGAAGAUCCGCGAGGACCUGCCCAACCUGGAGGCGAGUGAGGAGACGGAGCAGAUCAACAAACACUUCCACAACACACUGGAACACCUCCGCCUGCAGAGGGAGUCACCCGAGUCAGAGGGCCCCGCCUACGAGGGGCUGGUCCUGUAGUGGCCACGCCCCUGCCCCCACCCACCCAACACGCACCUACCUACAUCCAUCUGUGUACACACCCUUAUAGACAUGCAGUGUGUGCGCGCGUGCGAGUUCACACCUGAACAUCUGCUCCAGUGUAAUAGAAAAACUAAUCCAGCCACCAUCAGCUUUGUUCUUCUUAUUACAUUUCUUUAGCUUCUUUCUUUCCCUUUUUUUACUUUUCUUCUCUUUCAUCUUACUUUUUUUUCUUUUGGUUUAGUUUUUUUUCUCUUUUAUUUCUUUCCUUUCUAUAAAUAAAGUGAAAUUCUAAGAAAAAAUUAUAUUUAAAUAACAUCCUUUUUUUUUUACAAGGAAAAUACAUUUUCAAAACUUUUUUUUUCUUUAUUUUUUUCUCUUUAUAUCAAUUUUUUUCGUUGUUUUUUUUUCCUCAAAUUUUUCCCUCUAUUACUUUUAUAUUUGUCUCUUUUUUUCUCCUUGCGCCUCGUGUCUCGUUACGAUGUGCGAGUUCUUCCUGCAGCCUUGCGCUUAAAGAGAAAUCAAGCUGCGCGUUCUUCCUCACGUUCCUCUGUUGUCUGUGUCCUUCACUCCUUUUUUUUUUCCUCUCUCUCCCUCUCUUUUUCUUUCUAUUAAUUUGUGUGGUGAUGUCAUCAGUGUACGCUGGAGUAAAGUGUGUAGAGAUGAGUUGGUUUGUGUUUGUCACAUGCUGGUGCGCUGGCUCUCCCACAGAGCGGAGGCAGACGUGAGCGUGCAUGGAUCAAAGCCGUGUGUGUGUGGCCUCCAGCUCUGUGCUUCAUGUUCCUUUAUGUAUUUUUUAACUCAUUAUGUUUCUCUGUUCGCUCGGCGUAUACUGUGUCCUUAUGAUCUAACUGUAAAUCAGCUAAAAACAGAAUAUCAUUGAUUUCAUGACAUUUACGCAAAUAAACAAAACCUUAACCCUGA